CAAGUCAUUUUCAAACAAGUUUGAAUAUUUGUCUUCCAGACACUUCCUAAUCGGUGAAUAACCACCGUAUUUCCGCGUCUGCACAAAUUUCAACUAAGAAGCUAGUAUUCUACUAACAGUAAUGGCGAAGCAGAUACAGGACAAAACUGUUUUGAUGCACUUAUUCAUUCUCUUCCUCUAUGCUUCCUCUGUUAAAGUCUCAGCAAGAAUCGCACCUCUCUUGCAAAAUUACGGGAAUUCUAUUUUCAGAUCAAGUUUUCAUACUAUUUAUGACACUUCAAACUACGGAGUUCUUCAGAUUAAUAAUGGUUUGGCACUCACGCCUCAGAUGGGAUGGAACAGCUGGAACUUCUUUGCAUGUAAUAUCAAUGAAACUGUUAUUAAGGAAACAGCUGAUGCACUGGUAUCAACGGGAUUGGCUGAGUUAGGUUAUGACUAUGUCAAUAUAGAUGAUUGUUGGUCUUCUGUGACAAGAAAUUUGAAGGGCGACCUGGUACCUGAUCGUAAGACAUUUCCAUCAGGAAUCAAAUCACUUGCGGAUUAUGUUCAUGGGAAGGGACUCAAGCUUGGUAUAUAUUCUGAUGCUGGGGCUUUUACAUGUCAAGUCCGACCAGGAUCAAUAUUCCACGAAAAUGAUGAUGCAGAUUUAUUUGCCUCUUGGGGCAUAGAUUAUUUGAAGUACGACAACUGUUACAAUCUGGGCAUCCCUCCUAAAAAACGAUAUCCACCUAUGCGUGAUGCCCUCAAUGACACUGGACGCAAAAUUUUCUAUUCAAUUUGUGAAUGGGGUGUUGAUGACCCUGCUUUGUGGGCAGGCAAGGUUGGUAAUAGUUGGCGCACAACGAAUGACAUCAAUGAUACAUGGGCAAGCAUGACAACUAUUGCCGAUCUUAAUGACAAGUGGGCUGCAUAUGCGGGUCCUGGAGGAUGGAAUGACCCGGAUAUGUUGGAAGUUGGCAAUGGUGGCAUGACUUACCAGGAAUACCGUGCUCACUUUAGCAUCUGGGCUUUAGCAAAGGCUCCUCUAUUGAUUGGUUGCGAUGUAAGAAAUAUGACGGCUGAAACACUUGAGAUUUUAAGCAACAAAGAAGUCAUUGCUGUAAAUCAAGACUCACUUGGAGUCCAGGGAAGGAAAGUUCAAGUUGCUGGAAUAGAUGGUUGCGCUCAGGUUUGGGCAGGUCCUUUAUCAGGAAACCGUUUGGCCGUUGCUCUCUGGAAUCGAUGCUCAAAAGUUGCCUCUAUAACAGCUUCAUGGGCAUCAAUUGGGCUUGAAUCUGGAAUUCAUGUGUCUGUGCGGGAUUUGUGGCAGCACAAGGUAUUAAAAGGAGAUGUAGUUUCAUCAUUCAGUGCUCAAGUUGAUUCUCAUGAUGCUCAUUUGUACAUUUUCACUCCAUCUAAGGCAUCUUACUCUGCACAGUAAACCAUACUUCACCUCCCUUUAUGGGGUUUGGUUCAUCUCUAGGUCCAAAAUUGGCAUGGCAGCACAUUCACCAAACGAAUGAACCUCUGCUUGUUUGUUUUGUAUAAUGGAGAAAUGAAAAUCCUUCAUCUCAAAUAAGUUAUGCACUAUGUAUACGUUGGUGUGCCUAUUCAUGAAUCAUGAUCACAUGAUUUAUGUCAAAAAUGUGACCCUCGAUGGAUUUAUGAUGUUUGUAAAGAUAUGCUAUGAAGGUUAUGGGAAAAAUAGAACAUGAUAAUUUAGAGUUUGCUAAA